AUGACGCGACCGGAGACAGAAGUUGUUCGGGAGGUGCAGGACGCCACGCAACAGACACCGCGCACAAAGGGGUUUGAUGAGCAGUCGCUGGAUGAAGUUGACGAAGCAAUGGAGUCCAUCCGCUUCCAAGUCGCCAAACACAAGCUGCAGCCGAAGGACUACUUGAAGGAUUUUGACCGGCACAACAAAGGCAAAGUAACGGAGCAGCAGUUUGCACAGGCGCUGGAUAUGGCCCGCAUCGUCCUCACCCCGCGACAGGUGCGGCUGCUGCAGCUGUACUUUGGACACGACGGGCUCGUCUCGUAUCGCCUCUUCCUCAACGACCUUGCCCCAGCAGCUGCGCUCGCAAACCUCACACAGAACACUCUCCGCGGUGUCAAGGAGGUUGAGACGCGGCGGAAUCAGUUCCGGGACAAAGACGACGGCGCGGACCUGGAGGAGACAAUGGAGAAAAUCAAGCUCGCGGUUGCCCAGCGCCGUAUCCGCAUCAUCGAACACAUGCGCGGGUUUGACAAGUUGCGUAAGGGCCGCGUCACCGUGCGCGCGUUCCGCUCUGCGCUGUCCAUGUGCGGGCUGGAGCUGACGCUGCCGGAGUACCGGGCACUUGAGAGCGAGUACGCGGUACCCGAGGUGCCGGAGCACGUGAACUACGUCAAGUUCUGCCGGGAGGUGGACGCCGUGUUUGGCGCCACAGACCUGCACCGGGAGCCGACGCUGGAGAGCCAGCAGUUCAUCCCGCCAAUGGACAUUGAGGUGGAGGCGAACACACGCAAGAUGGCGGGGGAGGAGAAGAACGUGGCGGAGGAGGUGCUGAUGCACGUGGCGCGGAUUGUGGACGAGAGGGGUGUGGCCAUGAACGACGACUUCAAGGACUACGACCGCGUCAACAGGGGAUCAGUGACACGGUCCCAGUUCCAGCGAGUGUUGUCUGACCUACGCCUGACGGACGGCGUGAAGCAGUCGAGCGUGGAUGCGCUCAUGAACAUGUUCCGGGUCCGCGUUGGUGGACAGGAGAACGUGCACUACCGCCGGUUCCUGACCCAGGUCGACGCCAUCUGCGAAGACCUGCACCGCGCACCGGCCCAAUGA